UAUUAUUUUUCUGUUGGCAAAAUUCCUCUGCCAUUUUAGUGACUUCGAUCACGCAAUAUAUAUCCCAGCAGACACGUGAUAAACCUUUUUGUUUCGUUAUGCGCGAAAAGCAUGAUAGAAUUCAGUAAUAGAUUCCUUUUUGCACGCACGCACGAGUAGCUUGCCUCGGAUUAAGUGGCAUUAGCAUAUAAGUAAGUGACGCUAAUUUAAAUUCAGUUCGUCGAGUUUCAGAGCAAGCUACCGGAUUUCGAACAACUCGCAUAUCCAACUCGCAACUAGCAACUAGAUUCUAGCUUAGCUUUAUGUACGUAAGAAGAGAAUAAAGUUCUGAAACCGUAGCUUGUCAUAUUUCGUUUAUUGACGAAACACUUUUACAGUCGUCUAUUGAUUCGCCUGGAAUUGGUCCAGCGUCUAUACAAACGUCACUUCUUUCAACAUUUAUAAGACAAAGUGCACCGCUUCCCAUUCCCACACUGAAGAGAUAUCUUAUACUUCUAUACAUCAGAAAUAUACGUACCUAAUGCUGAUGAUUAACAAGAUGCGGAUAAAUUCCACAAUGGCUCCGUCUCUAAACGGCUUUUGCACGCAAUGCAUGUAUUGGUCGGUUCUUGUAUAGGAGUGUUUUUCCUCUCGAUUUUGAGCGAAUGUGUUCGCUCCAUGAGGAUAAGACUGUACAUGUCCAGCAAUAAACAAAGCGUGAAAAUAACGCCACAGUCUCCUGCAGGAAGCGAAGUGAACUCCAGAAAAAACGUAGCUUCCAACGAGUCUCUGAACUUUGGAAGUACGGAGACGUUACAGCCUGCUCAACGAGGGAAGACAGAAAGGAAACAAGAACAUCCCUUUACUAUACGACACGUGAUUCAAGUCCUCCUUCACGUCGUUCAGCUAGUCUUGGGUUACCUGUUGAUGCUCAUUGUCAUGACCUUCAACGUCUGGCUUGGGAUAGCUGUGGUGCUCGGGCUAGGGACUGGGUAUUUUAUGUGUAACCGUUCUGUUCUAUCAGUCUUGACUACUAAUGUUUCAAUCCCCAUGAAAAUCGUUCAAUAAUCACACGCCAAAACAUUUAGUUAUUAUUGGUAUUUAUUUGGGUCGAAACAACGACUUAGAUAGUUAAUUUGCACGUAUCAAUUAAACGACAGUUGUAUGACUGUAAAAAUAAUAUUGUAUUUAUAUUAAAUAAUAGGUGAGUCUUUUAUAUUUUCGUUUUCACCAGAUUUGAGUAAAAAUCAAAAUGUGAUGCAAUACACCCAUACAUAAUGCUCGACUAAACACCAUUUCGUCGAGCAUGCGCAGUAAUAAUUACAUAAUUCCGGUGACGUCAAAUAUUAUACUUCUCUGUUUUCGAGUGUUCGCUGGCAAGCGCAACAACACUAAGCUUUUCAACUCGGCUUAUUCCUUUGAAAUUCAGUCUUGGACGACGGAGGUAAGCGAAGAAAAAGAAAGAAAAGGAAAGGAGUGAAAAUAACUGAAAAGAAAAAGAAAGGACGGAUGGAUGGAUGGAUUUACGGGCAAGAAAAGGAGCCAUAGAGGGAAGUAGAAAACUGGGAUGGAAAGAGUGAAAGAAAUAAGUGAAAGAAGGUGGUCGGGGAUUCGCCUGCUCGCAAUUUCUAAUCAAUUACGUGCGAAAAUUAGUGUAAUUUAAUUAAGGUAGAACAUUUGAAAUAUUUCAUUUUUGAAACUUUUUUUAGUCGUGACUUGUUCAUUGAAAUACGUGAUUUACAUACAAAGUUUUCUACCUUUUCUUCAGGUAUUUAAUACGAAACCAUAAAACUUCAAAAAAACGAAAAACACAUUGUAUAUAGAAUUUAGCAAUGCAUCGAGAACAUGGUGCAUCAUGGUUUGAUCGUGGAUCCAUUCAUGUAGGGUUAGUCUAGAGUCCAAAUGUUAACUUACAAUAAAUUCACAGAUUUCAAUUUUAGAUUUUAAUUCAUUCAUAUUUGAAUAACGUAAAUUAUCAAGGGGGAAACUGAUGUAAAAUACCAUAAGUAACUUAUGAUAAUAAACAGCGGUUACAGUUUUA